AUGACAUGGGAACUUAAAAUAAAAUCAUUGCUUUAUAUUAGUCGAGGACUAAUAUGUUUACAUGAAAAAGGUUUAAUGCAUCACGAUUUUCAUCCAGGAAACCUUUUAUAUAAUGCCAAUUUUUUAAAUAUUACAGAUCUUGGUUUAUGCAAAUCAACAAAUCAAAGUUCACAAUCUAGAGGAGUUUAUGGAGUUAUGCCAUAUGUUGCUCCCGAAGUUUUAUAUGGGGAAAAAUAUACUAUAGCAUCUGAUAUAUAUUCUUUUGGAAUUAUAGCAUAUGAAUUACUUGCAAUAGAAAUUUGUAAAGGUUUACGUCCAAAGAUUCCAUCAUAUAUACCAGAAUUUAUUACCAAGUUAAUUAUGCAGUGUUGGAACGCUCAGCCAGAAAAAAGACCAACUGCUAAGGAAUUGUUUCUUAAUUAUCAUAAUAAAUUCCAUCCUGAAUAUAUUGAUCAAAUUGAAAAAGCUGAAAAAAUAACAAAUAAUAUUUUAGCAUCAAAUGCAAAAACAUCGCUUGAUUACAAAUUACAUCCUGGAGCAAUUUAUACUAAUUCUGAACUUAUAAAUCUUGAAAUUCCUGAAG